UCAGGGGUCACCAGUGGAGGAAGGGCAGCCAUCUUUGGUCAAUUUCGGAUGUCUGCGUGAAAAAAUAGAAAGUUAACGGGGAAUUUUGCCCUAAGUUAGUGGCUAAGCCAUGGCAUUUAACAUGAAUCGUAAUGACAAUAUGCCUGGAAAUCUUAGUGGAAUGGGCCAAAGGUUUGGGGCUGAUAACCUUACUUGGAACCCUCAGACGUACAUGGGUCGUAAGGGCAGCACAGAUCUUUCCCCGGGUGGACGAACAAAAGGAAGUGGUACUAUUGGUGGAUCAGUUGGCACCAACAACUUGAACAUCAUGGGCAUGCCGCCUCCAAAGCCAAAUAAAAAGGAUUUCUUUGCUGUUGAAGAAGAUAAUGAAGCUAGUAUGUAUUUCACAAAUCCUACCACCGUGUUUCGGCCGGACAAAGAUCCUAUGCAAUCACCAUCACCUUCACAGCUCUCAGGUUUAGGGUCAAAUCUUUAUGGCCAGCCUACAGGAAUGGCUAGUCUUGCCUUACAACAGCGUGGUCUUGGUAGUCAACGGAACACGACGCCAACGAGUGGAAUAGGAAGUUUUCCAAUCAGUAUGCAGCAACAACAGUCAUCACCAAACCGGUCCAUGUUUUCAACAGUUGGACAGAGUCGGUAUAUGAACCAAAUGAACCAGGUGCCAGCCAGUCAAGCUGUCAAUAGUUAUCAAAAGAGAAGUACGCCGUUAUCAUCGAGUUCAAUAACGGGGCCUAGCUACUCAACGUUUAGUACGGGGAGCAGAAAUCAAGACCAGCCUAAUUUAGAUUUAUCAGAGUUUCCUACACUUGGUAAUAGGGUCAACGUUGCACCAAAUCCUAUGCCAAAUGUGAGGAACUAUGGUAAGUGGCUGAAUAUGGUCAGCAAACCUGUGAAUGAUUCGCAACCAGAGUUUACGAUACAACAAGAAGACUUCCCAGCAUUACCGGGCUCGGCCAGUAAAUCUUCAGGCAUUUUCAAAGACGUGAAUAUAUUCGCCGGGAAAGGCAACCUUUUUUCAGAUUCUUCAUCAGGGGACUCAAAAACGUCGGGUACGCCAACAUCGUAUGAACAAGCUUGUAAAGACGGACAGAAACUUUUCGGUGACAAGUCAAGCAGUAAGCGGAUGAUUCAGACGCAUCCAGACGGCACGGUAUCAAACAUUCCAAUUGGUAUGGUGACGGACCAGUUUGGUAUGGUCGGGUUAUUAACGUUUAUUCGAGCGGCGGAGACUGACCCAAAUCUAGUGGCACUAGCACCUGGCAUUGAUCUGACGACGUUAGGAUUAAAUCUCAACUCACCAGAUAACCUGUACAGUACGUUUCAAAGUCCCUGGGCUGAUGCCCCAUGUCGACCACAAGAUAUAGAUUACCAUGUACCCUCAGAAUAUUUAACAAAUAUUUAUGUCAGGGAUAAGCUUGCACCAAUCAAAUUAAAUCGGUAUGGUGAGGACCUGUUGUUUUUCUUAUUCUACAUGAACGGGGGUGAUGUGUUACAGCUGGCCGCUGCUGCAGAGUUGUACAACCGGGAAUGGCGGUACCACAAGGAGGAACGAGUAUGGAUAACGCGAGCACCUGGAUUCGAACCUGUGGUGAAAACAAACUCGUAUGAACGGGGGACUUAUUACUUUUUCGAAGUGCAUAACUGGCGGAAGGUGGCGAAGGAAUUUCAUUUGGAGUAUGACAAGUUAGAGGAGCGGCCACACCUUCCGCCAUCGUUACAUCACAACCAAAGUCAACCCAUUCUUGCGCAUUGAAAUGAGACCAGUGACCAGAUUCUUCUAGGGGGUGUAUCAAAACAAAAGGAAUGACACAGUUUAUUUGUCUACUAAAACGGGGGUUAUUGGCUCAAACCCAUAGUCUGGAGUGCUGUGUAAAAAGCUGUUGCGUAUUAAAUACCUUGGAAGAAUAGUUGACUAGUUAUUUACAUCUUGAAAGUUUUAAUGACAGAAAAUCUGUUUUGUUCCAUUGUCAAUUGAUACACCCAUUAUAGUCUUGGUGAAGUUUAAGGUUUCAAAGAAUAGCUGCCCUCUUUUCACUAUUUCUGUCCAGAUUUCACUGGAGUUGGAGUAUGUUACCUAUGUGCCUGGCUUAUUUUAACAAUUUAAUGGUUCAGAAACGCAAUUUUCUUAUUUGUAAAUUUUUAUAGAAUCGGGCCAAAGUGUGGUGUUUUCAAAAUUUCAGUGAAAUUGGACACAAAAAAUGUCGAAGAGAUUGUAUUGUUUCAUUGUGAUCUUGACCAGGCCUUGACUUCACCUAUCACCCCUGGAACUGCAAAAUGAGGCCUCCCAACUGUUCAGUAAUUACUCUGUGAUGGUCAGGCUCAUUAUCGCAGAUUGGGGUGGUCAUGAGUUUUGCAUCUUAUUCAUGCACAGCUGUUGAUGGAAGUUAUAUCUCCCGAAAUAAACGUGUCAUUUCUCUUUGGGUUGAACAGCAAUGAUAUGCUCUGCCUCUCCGGACACAAAUAGGGAAAUAUGUAGCAAUUACUGGCAAUUUUUACCCUUCAAUAUAUAAAAUGCAUUUCUGGCAUACAUUUUUAGAUGCACUACUACAUUUCCUGCAAUGUAAAUUUAUAAAUCUUUAGUCACAAGGCGUGUUUGCUUGUGCUAACUCUGAUGUGUUCAUCGCUGCAAGAUAUGCCAGUUUUAACAGCUUUGCUGUUGUGCUAAGUUGAAUUUUUUAAAAGAUUCUCAAUAGGAACUGCCAGUAUAUGCGCUUCCAGAUUGAUGUUCCGACGGACAGACACACAUCACAGUGCUUUGGAUCUGUUGUCUCCGGCAAAUUAUGACGAUCACUUGGCUGAUAUUUUAAUUGUGAUCACUUUGAAGUUCUCAUCGGGACUAGAAGUACAUUUAGGACGGGCUUGGAAUUCCUACUUAAUUUUGUUGGUUUUUUUCGCUGAUUUUUCACUCAUGAACCCUGUCCCCACUUGUAUAAUCAUGAAUAAUCAUCAUGUCAGUUUGCGUCUGGUAUUAAUGACUAUUAGCAAGUGGGCAAUGAUCUGUGGUUGUGUGUCAUGGGAUCACAACAUUUUCAUCAACAGUUGUGCGAGAAGACAUCUACGAUCCUAAGCUGCCAUUCGAUGUGUAAUGUACAGAUUUCUUAUCAUAUGUAGUGAAAAUCAUGGACCUGAGAGUGGUCUGAAUGAAAUAAAUUGUAUUGUUCAGAAA